AUGUUCAAUCGUUCUUUCGUGAGGGCAUUCAGACUAAAGUCAGCUAAGAGUGCUGGUGAUAAGGGAGUGAGAAACACUUCAAAACUUAAUCGACUGGUUGUCUUCCUACCGUUUGCCCAAAAAAAUUGUGUUCAAGCUCGCACUCCAGUGGCCGGCCCUCUUCUGGCGUGCGGGACAGUUUUUUUCUUAGGACUAUUUGCACUCUGGUUUUGCCCAUUCAGUCAGUCUCUGUUGCGUCAGAUACAAUGCAGUAUAGCUUAUUGGACCCCCAUCAAGUGGAAAACGUACAUUGGCACGUCAGUUGAUGCGAUAAAUGUCGCAGAAAGCUUUUCGUCUGAAUCACUAGGAUCUAUCCCAAGUAUUGAUUAUGUUAUGCUGGUUGUGGAUAUAACCAAUGGUACAAGCACAACAUUGCUGGAAAAAGCUUUACAGGGAUUAUCACCUCGUCACUUGUCUUUCCAGUGCUGUGUUAUUGUAACCAAAGUUGAUCAGGCCGGGUUGGCAGUAAUUGAUACAAAUGAAGUCAAUACAUGCGUAGAAAAAUAUUCGGAAGCACAGGUAUUCCAUGUGAAUUUAAAGGAUGAAAGAGAGAGACGAAAAGUAUGCGAACAAUUGGCACGCUUAGUUCGUAUAAAUACUCUUCAGCAAAAGGGUAUUCAGCCAGUUCUUUUACGGUCAAUAGCCCCUCCACGUCAAUGGCAUGAUAGUGAUAACCCUAAUCAAAGUGUCUCAGAAGAAGACCAUUCUACAAACCUCCUAUAA